AUGAGAACAUUCUUUGUCGGAGGCAACUGGAAGGCUAAUCCAAAGACAGUCGAAGAGGCUGAGAAGCUUAUCGAAAUGCUCAAUGGCGCCAAGGUUGAGGGCAACGUUGAAGUUGUUGUUGCUGCCCCAUUCAUCUUCCUCCCAACACUCCAGCAGAAACUCCGCAAGGACUGGAAGGUCAGUGCUGAGAACGUCUUCACAAAGCCAAACGGUGCUUUCACAGGUGAAGUUACAGUUCCAAUGAUCAAGUCAUUCGGCAUCGAGUGGACAAUCCUCGGCCACUCCGAGCGCCGUGACAUCCUCAAGGAAGAUGAUGAAUUCCUUGCUGCCAAGGCCAAGUUCGCCCUUGAGAACGGCAUGAAGAUCAUCUACUGCUGCGGUGAGCACCUUUCUGAACGCGAAGCCGGCAAGGCCUCCGAGUUCGUCUCUGCUCAGAUCGAGAAGAUGAUCCCAGCUAUCCCAGCCGGCAAGUGGGACGAUGUUGUCAUCGCUUACGAACCAAUCUGGGCUAUCGGCACAGGCAAGGUUGCUUCCACACAGGAUGCUCAGGAAAUGUGCAAGGUUAUCCGUGACAUCCUUGCUGCUAAGGUUGGCGCUGAUAUCGCUAACAAGGUCCGCAUUCUCUACGGCGGUUCCGUCAAGCCAAACAACUGCAACGAGCUCGCUGCCUGCCCAGAUGUCGAUGGCUUCCUCGUUGGUGGUGCUUCCCUCGAACCAGGUUUCAUCAACAUUGUCAACUCCAAUGUCCACUCUAAGUAA